AUGAAGGUUGAGCUUAUAGUUGUCAGCAGUACAGGUGUAUUAAUAAGGGGCAAGAUGUCCGGAGCUGUAACACAGAUUCCGAUUGAGAAGGAGUACGAGAAGAAUCCGGAUAUGACACCGGAAGACAUAAAGAAGUUCAGAGAGUGGCUUAUGUCGCAGCCGCAUCUGCCUGGAGAGCACAUCUCUGACCUGAAUCUAGCAAUCACAUUCCACUCUUGCGAAAAUAGUUCGGAGGUCUCGAAGCAAGUGUUGGAUCUGCACUACACUCUUAAGACGCUAUUUACUGCGUUCUUUAAGGACCGCGAGUUCGACAAAGAAGUGGAGAAAGCGCUGAAUACGGUAUUGUUUGCUCUCCUGCCUACUCCAAUUGACCACGGCUUUCGGGUCCUGUACGCGCGUUUGAUCGAUCCCGACGCUGGCAACUUCAACUUCCCCAAGGCUAUCCGAGCCUUGAUGAUGGGCUUCGACAUUUGGCAGCAGGAGGAAGGCACUUGGCCCGGGUUUGUGAUUAUGAUAGAUAUGCAUCUGUGUACAUUGAGUCACGUCGCCAAACUUGAUGUGAUGAGCAUCAAACAGGUUUUAUAUUUUCUACAGGAAUGUAUGCUAGUAAGGCUCAAAGGGUUUCACUUCUUGAACGCGCCGUACUUCAUGGACAAGGUUAUGAUGCUACUCAAGCCAUUCAUGAAGAAGUCUCUUAUGGAUAUCAUCCACAUCCACCAGCCAAAUUCCGAGGAGCUGUACAAGUUUGUACCCAAAAAGGCAUUCCCGAAGGAAGAAGGCGGUGAAUACAAGGAUCAUGAAACAAUCAGAGACGAAAUGAUCGAGCGCUUAAAAGCCAAUGACAAGUUCUUCAAGACCGAAGGCCUUUGCAGGGUAAAUGAGGCGCUUAGGCCUGGAGGCAAAUCCAAAAUAGCAGAUCUAUUCAGCGUCCAGGGUAGCUUUAAGAAAUUGGACAUAGAC